AACGGCGUCUCACCGAGGUGUUUGUGCAUGGUGCGAGAGAAGAAGAGGAAGCCAUGGUCAUCCAACGAAAGUCGACAUUGAUGACACCCGAUCCAUACCACACUCCCGGUUACUGCGGAUACUGCCCUCAGUUUAAGUACGAAAUAGGUCGUACGUUCGGAUCAACGACUCACGACUUGCUGUCGCGUCCGGCCAUCGCCAAGUCGGGGUGCACCGUUUUGGCUGAAAUGACGGCAUCUGAUCGUCUCGGGAGGAGCGUCGAGACGCGCAUACCACUUGUCAAAAUGCGUACAAAAAGUUGGGGCGAUCAGAAACUGCUUGAGCAGAUGGUUCCAGGCUACACAGGAUAUAUUCCUAAGGGCCAGCACUUUUUUGGAUCACGGUAUGCAGACAUGUGUCGGUCAGCCAUCUCUGACUUUGAAGCAGAUCAACGAUCUUAUGCAGACAAACGACAUGAGAUGCAAAUACUCACUAAGCUGCAAUCAAGUCGCAGCGGACCACCAGAGUGCACUCUAGUCAAGCAGCCAUUACCUCUAGAGCCCAAGUCGGCUGCUCUAUUGCCCUAUCUCUCGCCACACGCUCUCCAACACUCGGUUUCUCCUUACUACAUGUCUCAGGAUGACCCAAAGAAGUACUUUAUGUCUGGCUACACCGGCUUUGUUCCAAAGUCACGCAAGUAUAUGGGAAAGGGAUAUCCAGCCAUUACAAAUAUAGCUUUGAAAGAUCACACCAAUGACGAGCAAAGAUUCACUGCAAUAAGAACACAACCAGUUAUUGUGCAUCGUUCGAUCCCCCACCCUGCACCGGCACCGAAAAUUUAUCCCAUCAACACAGGCCUUGUACCAAACUAUACUGGCCACAUUCCAGCUCAAAAGUUCAAGUAUGGCAUGACAUUUGGUCACAGCACGAAGAACGCUGCCAGAAAUGCUGUUACUGAAGUGUCUGUCUGAUUUUCAGACACGGGAUAGAGUACUGACGUUUCUAUGUACUUUUAGAGUGUUUAGAUUGCGUAGCCGCGACUAGAUGCACGCGGCUGGUUUACAGAUUUGUUUUCAAUGAGUGGGUGCGGUUGCAUAGUUUGUGUCCGUAGCAACAAUAUUAGACGAAUAGUCUGCUCUA